AUGAUUUUGUCACGAAAGGCUCGGGAUCCUAAAAAUGUAGGAAUAGACGCAGCGGCAUGUCUGCUAUGUCAAUGGAGGAGUUUCAACACAUCAUUUCGCCCACUAGCUCAACAGCAGCCGACCAAGCCCAAAAGUGUAGCUCCGAAGUCACAACCUCCCGUUCCAGAUAAACCGCCAGCUAGUCCAGCGACCCCAGCUCCAUUACCCUCUGCUCUCGAAGACGCCCCCAAAUCAUACGGCAGAGCACAUGAGGUCUUCACACCGAAGCCUCUUCUGCGGCCAAUUGGUCUACCAAACCCUCCUCGGCCAGGUGAGAAUACCGGAGUCGACACGAGAAGCUUGAAACAGAGGAGAGAUGAUUUUGUUGACUACGACAAACAUCUGGCUAAGAGGAAGGAAUUAACUCACAAAGUCGCAUCACCCUACUUCCGAGAAUGGGACAAUAUGCGAUUUUCUAAGGGGAAAAGCUUCAUCGCCCCCCCUAAUAUAUUCAAAUCCGAUUUAUCACUAUAUUUCCCUAACCUUCGCGGACAGACACUGUUGAAAGACCGGUCCCCCAAGGAUACGACUCCCGCUCUCGAAGACAAGAUAUCAAUAGUAAGCAUUUUCAGUACGCGAUGGGCGGAGAACCAAGCAAAUACUUUCGUUUCCGAGAGAGCCAAUGCAGAACUGCACGAAGUUUUGAAAGGCAGUAAAGGACUGGCGCAGAUGGUACGAAUUAAUCUGGAGGAAAACUGGAUGAAGGCCAUGCUCGUUAAGUUAUUCAUGCCAAGCUUGAGGAAACAGAUGGAGGAGAGCUCGUGGGGACGUUAUUUCUUGAUUAGGAAGGGCUUCAAGCAAGAAAUGAAGGAAGCCAUUGGUUUACUCAACACCAAGGUCGGCUAUAUAUAUGUGGUUGACGGGAAGUGUCGAAUCCGAUGGGCUGGAAGCGGUAACAGCUCAGAAGAGGAGAGAUCCGGACUUGUAAAAGCAGUUGGCAGACUUCUCGAGCAAUCGAAGGCGCAAAAGGCAAAGCCCAUUCCUCCACCACGGAAGAAGACGAUAGACUCCAAGUCGAAUAAGAAGGCUGCAACAACCGAGCCUCUUGCGCUAUGA